AUGCGCGCGGCCUGUUCUCCUCUGCCCACGGACGGUGCGCACGUGCACCACGACACCUAUAACCGUCUUAGAGCAGAAGAGGGUUCCCUGGAGGGGAGGGCAAUGCACAUCCUCCAUGUGGAAGGGCCUUGGUUGCGAGCAACGGCAGUGACACCACCUUCGUCGAAGUCGGUCUGCGAAUCCCGGGAGAGCGGCACAAACCGGCGCGAUCCGCCUCAGUGCGCGAGGGUUCGGCUGGACAAGCGACAGGGAAUCGUUCGAGUCACGGCACGUUUUGAUAAGGGCAAGCAUGGUGGGAGCUAUGGCAACACCGAUAACCAUGCUCAGCGUCUGGACCACGACAGCCCUACGCGCUCGAGCCGCCGAGCCAGCAGCGAUGCAGGAAACGUUGGUGGCAGUCGCACUGUGGGUGAGAGGCGAGGCAGGAGUCAUGAACGAGGCAAUCGAGUGUCCAGCAGGUCACCACGCGGGCGGACACGUGGAGAAAGAGCAGCGUCAGGCGAAAGCGACACGUCCCGUGAACGCGGAAGCAGCGACGGGAGUGCGUUCGGUCACAGAAGCAGAGACCGCCACGGUGAAGAGGGUAGACGAUAUCGCCCAGGGCCUGACGGCAGCAGUUCGACUGCUGCUUUCAGCCGCCUUGAGUCCCAAUCUCCGCGGGCGGAUGAGUUGAACAACGAGGGUCGUGGUCAAAGAAGCGGUGAUGAGUCUGCCGGGGGCUGGGCCCGGGGAGACAGAGUCGAGGCAAGGUACAGAGGCCGCGGCACCAAGUUCUACAAGGGGAGGAUCUCGAGAAUAAACAGUGACAAAACGAUGGAUAUUGCAUACGACGACGGAAAACAGGAGAUUGGGAUUGCGGCGGAGCAUGUUCGAUCUUUGGAGCCAACAGUCGGUGACAGGGGCGGGAGGGCGAGCAAGAUGGCAAAGGGAGACAGAGUCGAGGCGAGGUACCGCGGAAAGGGAACCAGAUUCUACAAGGGCAAGAUCUCCAGAGUCAAUAGUGAUCAGACGUUCGAUAUUGCUUAUAAUGACGGGGAAAAGGAGGUUGGGAUUGCAGCAGAGCAUGUUCGAUCUUUGGAACCAGCGAUGAGUGACGGUGGUGGUAUCAGCGGGAGCAAGAUGGCACGGGGGGACAGAGUCGAGGCGAGGUACCGCGGAAAGGGAACCAGAUUCUACAAGGGCAAGAUCUCCAGAGUCAAUAGUGAUCAGACGUUCGACAUUGCUUAUAAUGACGGGGAAAAGGAGGUUGGGAUUGCAGCAGAGCAUGUUCGAUCUUUGGAACCAGCGAUGAGUGACGGUGGUGGUAUCAGCGGGAGCAAGAUGGCACGGGGGGACAGAGUUGAGGCGAGGUACCGCGGAAAGGGAACCAGGUUCUACAAGGGCAAGAUCUCCAGAGUCAAUAGUGAUCAGACGUUCGAUAUUGCUUAUGAUGACGGGGAAAAGGAGGUUGGGAUUGCGGCAGAGCAUGUUCGAUCUUUGGAACCAGCGAUGAGUGACGGUGGUGGUAUCAGCGGGAGCAAGAUGGCACGGGGGGACAGAGUCGAGGCGAGGUAUCGUGGAAAGGGAAUCAGGUUCUACAAGGGCAAGAUCUCCAGAGUCAAUAGUGAUCAGACGUUCGAUAUUGCUUAUGAUGACGGGGAAAAGGAGGUUGGGAUUGCGGCAGAGCAUGUUCGAUCUUUGGAACCAGCGAUGAGUGACGGUGGUGGUAUCAGCGGGAGCAAGAUGGCACGGGGGGACAGAGUCGAGGCGAGGUAUCGUGGAAAGGGAAUCAGGUUCUACAAGGGCAAGAUCUCCAGAGUCAAUAGUGAUCAGACGUUCGAUAUUGCGUACGAUGACGGGGAAAAGGAGGUUGGGAUUGCAACAGAGCAUGUUCGAUCUUUGGAACCAGCGAUGAGUGACGGUGGUAGCGGCACAGGGAGACAAAUGCCUGUAACAUUGCUGGAAGGGGACAAAGUGGAGGCUAAUUUUCGAGGACGGGGCAGGUUCUACCCUGGACGAAUUAGCCGAGUCAAUCUGGACGGGAGCUUCAACAUUGACUACUCCGAUGGCGAGAAGGAAAGAGGGGUGACAGCUGAUUUGAUCCGGGCAAGAGGAGGAACCACACGUGACGAGGUCCGUAGCGGAGCUGACACCAGAGUCCUCGAGAAGGGAGAUAGAGUUGAAGCAAGGUACCGUGGGAAGGGUACCAGGUUCUACAAGGGCAAGAUUUCCAGAGUAAACAGCGAUCAGACACUUGACAUCUCUUACGAUGAUGGUGAGAAGGAAAUCGGGAUUGCGGCGGAACACGUCCGCUCCUUGGAGGCACAAACCAGUGGGCAUGGAGGUGGGGAUAGAGGUAGAGAAACGUCUGAGGUACUGUUGAAGGAGGGCAUGAAGGUGGAGGCCAAGUACAAGGGUCGCAGCCGAUACUACCCCGGCCGGAUAUCGCGUGUCCAUCGCGACGGGAGCUGUGACAUCGACUACGACGACGGUGAGAAGGAGCGCUUGGUCGACCCGUCACUCGUGAGAGUGCUCGAGAGCGGCAAGGGCGGCGAGCGGACGGGAAGUGGAGACCGCUUGGAGGAGGGCAUGAAGGUGGAGGCCAAGUACAAGGGUCGCAGCCGGUACUACCCCGGCCGGAUAUCACGUGUCCAUCGCGACGGGAGCUGUGACAUCGACUACGACGACGGUGAGAAGGAGCGCUUGGUCGACCCGUCACUCGUGAGAGUGCUCGAGAGCGGCAAGGGCGGCGAGCGGACGGGAAGUGGAGACCGCUUGGAGGAGGGCAUGAAGGUGGAGGCCAAGUACAAGGGUCGCAGCCGGUACUACCCCGGCCGGAUAUCACGUGUCCAUCGCGACGGGAGCUGUGACAUCGACUACGACGACGGUGAGAAGGAGCGCUUGGUCGACCCGUCACUCGUGAGAGUGCUCGAGAGCGGCAAGGGCGGCGAGCGGACGGGAAGUGGAGACCGCUUGGAGGAGGGCAUGAAGGUGGAGGCCAAGUACAAGGGUCGCAGCCGGUACUACCCCGGCCGGAUAUCACGUGUCCAUCGCGACGGGAGCUGUGACAUCGACUACGACGACGGUGAGAAGGAGCGCUUGGUCGACCCGUCACUCGUGAGAGUGCUCGAGAGCGGCAAGGGCGGCGAGCGGACGGGAAGUGGAGACCGCUUGGAGGAGGGCAUGAAGGUGGAGGCCAAGUACAAGGGUCGCAGCCGGUACUACCCCGGCCGGAUAUCACGUGUCCAUCGCGACGGGAGCUGUGACAUCGACUACGACGACGGUGAGAAGGAGCGCUUGGUCGACCCGUCACUCGUGAGAGUGCUCGAGAGCGGCAAGGGCGGCGAGCGGACGGGAAGUGGAGACCGCUUGGAGGAGGGCAUGAAGGUGGAGGCCAAGUACAAGGGUCGCAGCCGGUACUACCCCGGCCGGAUAUCACGUGUCCAUCGCGACGGGAGCUGUGACAUCGACUACGACGACGGUGAGAAGGAGCGCUUGGUCGACCCGUCACUCGUGAGAGUGCUCGAGAGCGGCAAGGGCGGCGAGCGGACGGGAAGUGGAGACCGCUUGGAGGAGGGCAUGAAGGUGGAGGCCAAGUACAAGGGUCGCAGCCGGUACUACCCCGGCCGGAUAUCACGUGUCCAUCGCGACGGGAGCUGUGACAUCGACUACGACGACGGUGAGAAGGAGCGCUUGGUCGACCCGUCACUCGUGAGAGUGCUCGAGAGCGGCAAGGGCGAGCGGACGGGAAGUAUUGAUCCAGGCGAUGUCGGCGGCACUCUGCAGGAGGGGGAUCGAGUUGAAGCCAACUACCGGCGCAGCGGUAGGUAUUACCCCGGCAGGAUAUCUCGUGUCCAUCGCGACGGGAGCUGUGACAUCGACUACGACGACGGUGAGAGGGAGGCUCGAGUAGCCACAACGCACGUACGGGAAAAGCGAAGAAGCAACACCACAACCAGGAGCAGGAGCGGCGAGGGAGUGCAACAACGGCGAAGGUCGUCCGACGACAUGGAAGACCUGUUUUCGGAAGGCGAUGAACAAGGAAAUAACCGCCGCCGUACAUCACGGGAAAGGCGAAAGGGAAACGAGAGUAGCGACAACACCCGCCGAACUCGUAGCCGGAGCCGAAGCGUUUCACGAGGUGGCGACCUCGGUGCUACUAGGCAACGCUUCGGCGGUGGGAGUCCUCGCGGAAUGUGGCUGGAAGGAAAAAUUCUCGACGACGAAGAUCCUCAUCACAAGGACUUUCCACCGUCAAUAUACGGGGGAGGGAAGGACCGGGGCGGGGUAGGAGCCGGAGUCGCGAUAGAGGGGGCGGAGGGUGAAGUGCUGGCCUGUCACGGCGACGAAACGUUUACGAUUAAGUACUCGGAUGGUCAGACAGAAGAGGACGUUCCGGAGUCGUGCGUGAGAGCCGCGGCAGCGGCUCCUAGAGGGCGGAGUAGAGACCGUCGCAGCGCUUCCCGCGGUAGGAGAGAUUCGCGUCCGGAUGAGGCCGGCAGCGGCGUGUGGCGUGCCGUGGAACGCAUGUCCAACGAGUUGGCGAGAAGGGCCGGCGUUGAACGGAAGAAAGUAUCCUCGUCGAUGCUCGAAAGGGAAAAAGACGAGGUACUCAAGACGGAUAUGGUGUUGGGGAGGUCGGAGUCCGCGCGAUUCAGGCGCGAAUUCAACAAGGCCGACUUUUCCAGAGACGGGGAACUCACGACCGCCGAUACUGUGAGGGCGUUUCGAGGCCUUGGUGGCAAAGCUACAGAGAACGAGGUGCGCGAAUUCCUCCGGGCGACGGACGGCGCCGGCAGGAGCGGUGGAACGGGAGGCCACCACCGCUUGGACUUCCCCGCAUUCGUGCAGGCCUACGCAUGGGUCUUCUACCGUGGGGGCAGCACGGACGAAAGCGAUAGCAACGGCGAUCCGGAACGAAACGGUGACGACGACUCUGGUUCCUCUUCGUCGUACCGGACAAAAGAAAGGGGACGGCGGCGAACAGCCCGAAGCUCCUCGCGUGCCGGAACCCGCACUAGUGGCGAACGCCUGACGUCUAGAAAGCUCGGGUACCGCUCUCCCGAAAAAAGCAGCAGCCGGAGGCGGAGCCAGAGACAGGGCGGCGGGUUAGGAAUAGGAGAAGAAGCCGAGCUGCGGAGGUGGGCGAAGAGGCUAGGGGAGAAGCAAAUGCGCCGCUUGGAGCGCGUUUUCAACGAGUGGGCCGUGGAAGAUGACGGCAGCGAUGGCGAUGGUGCUACGGUAGAAGUCAGGGAUCUCGAGAGGUGUUUCAAGGAGCUCGGCAGGGAUGACGUGCAACGCCGCGAGCUCCGAGCGUGGUGUGACGGGGCGGACCUAGCCCCCGGGGAUACCCUAAGCCUAGCGGAUUUCGCCUACGCGUAUCACUCUAUGUUCGUCGAUACGACAGGAGAAGAGGUGGCGGCGGCCAUCUUCCAAUCCGAGAAGUGGGAAGGGACGGCAGAGCAGCACGAUGAUUUGAUAAGGAGGGUUUCCGUGGGGAGGUCCGGGGAACAGGCAGCGAUGCUGGCGAGGGCGCGACAAGUGUUCGAAGAACUCGACGAGGACCGGGACGGGGAGAUCCCGAGGAAGGUUAUCGGAAAAUUUUUGACCAAGGUUGGCAGGGAUCCCAAAACGUGCGCAACCCAGAUCGCCGCCUUUUGCCGCGGAGGAUUUAUCGCCGAUACCAGCGGUGGCAGACCAAGCGAAGGGAGAAACGGCCACCAGCACGGACAACGGCAAGAAAGGAGGGGGCGGACUGGAUUCGCCGCCGGCGACAAGGGCGCCACAGAAGCAGAAACUAAGUCGGCACAAAGACGCGAAAUGAAUAGUCGAGGUGGUACCGAAUGGGGUCGACAGCAGCAUCAGCGGGUCGCGUUUGCGGAAGAUUACGGGGACGACGGCGGCUUGCCGGCGCCGUCGAGCUCGGCUUCCCUGGCGGAAAUUCUUGCCGCUUUCGGGUUCGUUUUCGAGGGAGCCGGCGCCGCGGUGAAACCGUCGGUGGCGGAGGCCUUUGCCAAGCUGCGUCUGCACGCCCAGCCGGCCGAGGCUCGGGCUGCUGGGGAAGCGGCGAAAAGGUGCAUGGCCGCCCUAAACUAA